AUUAGAGCCAGGGAUUUCUGAUCAUGACGAUAUUAAUGAAACCGUUCAGUAAGCUUCGGAAGAAUGGAAGAUGAAAGCUAAGUGAAAGAUGCGAAUGAAGUAAGAGGCGACGGACAAUUUUGACCCGCUACCGCUUCGCUCACCGCCUUCAUCACCGAAAAAAUCACCUUAUUGUACCAGAUUUUCGAGGUUCCUCCUUUCAGCAUACAAAGAACCGUGCUCAAGAUGGAGGCUGCAGAUCUACUCCCGCUGCUUGAGCAGCUAGAUGACAACAUUGAUGACCUCGAGGAGAUUCUCCAGCCUGUGCUGGACGGCUCCGUUGUGAAAACAUCGAGCAAUCUUCCAGUACUGGACAAAGCCAAAUUCCAUGUCCUGGUCACUUAUACCUUGGAAUCUCUCAUCUUCUCCUGGUUGCGCCUGCACGGUGUUAACGCCAAGGAACACCCGGUCUUUCGCGAGUUGACCCGAGUGAAGCAAUACUUCGAAAAGAUCAAAGAGCUGGAGACGGGCCCCGAGCAACGCACUCUCAAGCUCGACAAAGAGGCCGCCAGUCGCUUCAUCAAACACGGUCUUGCUGGAAAUGACAAAAUCGACUUGGAGCGCAAAGAGCGAGAGGCGAAGGAAAGAGCACGCGCGCAGCUCAAGGCAUCACUCCUAGCGAAGAAAGACUCCUCGACCUCCGAUCCACCGACCAAGAAUGUCACCGACGAUUCCGAAUACGAGUCUGAUGCCGAAAGCGACGACGCGGACGAGAAACCCGCACCGACCACCCGGAAGAGCAAGAAGAAGCAAGCCAACGAGGACAAGAAGAGAACCAAGGAUAAGCAACGCAAGAAACUCAACAAAGAAGAGCGCAAAGAAGUCAAGAAGGAUAGGCGGAAGAAGAAGGGCGACAUGCGCAAAGCGAAGAAUCUCAAAUGAGGUAGCCUCUGGAUCUUCAACAGUGCACAUGGCUUAGCAUUGUGGUCGGCUGGUCCGCUCUGCAUGGCUAAGCACUACUCCACUUAUCAAUCACAACUAGCACUUUUGAUCGUUGGCCGAGUCGCA